GAAAACCCUAACCCUAAACUCGUUCUUCUGAUCAUCGACCACCCUCUGACCUCACUGCGAUGGCGCCCCAAGCUGUUCAGAAUGACAGCAAGCCCACGGCCGAUUCUUCACCCCGCUCAGGUCCCAAACGGACCAAGCAAAAGCGUCACCAUCCUCAAAAUACAGAAGAGUCCCUGCCUGGUGUUCAAAAAAUUAAAUCUUCACUCCGCCAAACGCGACGACUUUUGGCAAAAGAAAACCUUGCAGCUGAUGUCCGCAUGGAGACUGAACGAAGGCUGAAAGCACUUGAGGGCGACCUUGCUCGUGCUGAAACGGCAAGGAAGGAGCGAACGUAUGCUAUGAAAUAUCACAAAGUCAAAUUCUUCGAGCGCCAGAAAUUGGUCCGUAGGAUCAAGCAAGUCAAACGCGAUCUUACUUCGGCACAGGGAGAGGAGAGAGAAAAGUUAGAAAGCGAACUCGAAGGUCUGAGAGUGGACCUGAACUAUAUUCUGCACUACCCGAAAACCAAAAAGUACAUAUCACUUUUUCCUCCAGAAAGACGGCAAAUUGAUAUCGUCUCGACAACUUCUGACGACAACGACCAACGCAUUACGGUCCGUGCCCUCAUUCGAGACCAAAUGCAGCGUGGCGAAAUUAGCAGACAACCUGAAAAUGAACUCGAAGGUGGCAGACAACCAGUUACGUAUACUCCGGGUCAUUCCCGAAACGGAGAAGGAUCUCGUAGAAAGGUCAAUGAAACUAGCCUGGCAUCACAUCGUGCCACCAAAGAUGAUUUCUUUGGUGAGGAUGGUGAGACAGAAGCUUCCGGCGCAUCAGAAAUGGAAGUCGAGUAGUAGAGUUUUGUUUCACAUGCCACCUUCAGAUCUUAACGUUCUCGAGCAGUUAUCCGAGACUAGAGUGAUUCGACCAAUGCCU